AUGCGAAAAACAUCGAAGACAUCAUCUAUUGACGUUUCAGAUAUCAUCGAUUCAUACGAUGACUAUGGAUCAGCUGAGAGCCAAGAUCGAAAGGCACCCAUCGUUGACAGUGCUUCGCCUCCUAGCCGUUCGGUUUGGCGAUCUUUCAUACCUUCUUCUCUUUCCUGUCGUUUGUAUCUCCUUGUUGCGCUUCUGGAGGCUUUCGUCGACGUUGCCAUCGAAGUUGAGCUUUUUUUACGUGUUCGAAGCGCUUCCAACAACAGCGGCCAACCCGAUGUCGACUACGGCCGAUUGCCGAUCUACAUAUUCCUUUUUGGUUUGGCCCAUGGGUAUCAGUUCAUCCUCGCGGUGGAUGCCGUACGCAGCAGGAACAUGCUUCAGAUCGUGUUCUUGGCCAUCUUUAACGGGGUUUUCAUUGCCUACGCGGUUCUCCAAAUUUCGGAGGUCCAAGGCGCGCUUCCAGCCGGCACUCCUGGCAUCAUAUCCAUCCCUAUUAACGUGGUGCUCAUCCUUCCACCGAUCGUUAUUUCUGUCGCUGAAGUAGCCUAUCUGUUGCUAUCAUGGAAGAUACACACAGAAUUCGGUUGGCAGAAUUACAAGCUCCUUGGGGCCGAUCGGCGGAUCAAGAAAAUGUUCUUGCACUAUCAGGUAUUCGAGUGUCUGCUGAAGUUCGACGUAUAUUUCUGGAUCGCGUUCUCCGUUCAAUUUAUCUUCUUGUCUCUUGAUCACACCAGCAUUGAAUACCCCCUCACUAUAGCCGCUCUUCCGGUGUCGCUGCUCCUUCUGCUGGAAGGACACCUGGGUGCUCGUUUCGAGAACAAAUGGUUAAUGACAUCAUCCAUGGUCGGAACUCUCGCGGCUUGUGUUUACUUUGCGUACAAGCUUGUCCGCAUACUCAUGGAGAGGACCGAUACCUCGUUCAUGUAUGUAUGGAAGUCGCUGGUUGGAUUUUCGAGUGCCUGUAUCGGACUCAUCAUCCUGACAUUUAUUAUGGCUUGCAUCGUAUUUUUCAAUUUCGGGAAGGGCCUCAAACAACAUCUCAGCAAAACUAAGCGAACCUUGAACUCUACCCCUGCCGGUGUCAAUGGAAAUUCUGCGUUCCGGAACCCAAAUCGUAUGAGUCUUGAGUGA